AUUUUCCGGCAAUUUUCCUGAGAACUAGACGUGUUCUUUGCCAAAAACAAAACGUAUUUUCAAUAGUUUUGUAAAUAAAUUUAAAUUGAAAAUAAUGAAUUAUUAACAAAAUUAAAAGCGGCAUAAAUACUUAGUGUAGUGUUGAAAAGAAAAAAAUCUCAUUUAUAUAAUAAGCAUUUACUAGUGAAUUGGAUUCAUUCUUCAAACGGUCUAACGCAAAGAACCGCACACAUAAUCAUCAGUCGAGGGUAGUGGUUGCGCAACUCCACCUCCCCUUUUGCUAAAAUAAGAAACAACAUAUUAUUUUUAAACAAAGUGGUUCUGUUAAAUGGUCUGUCUUUUAACAAAUACGAAUAAUUAAACAAAAAGUGUUGUGUAAAAUACAAAAAAUAUAGUCAUGAAGAAACGUUCAAAUUCACGUGGUAGUCCAGAGGCUGCCGAUAGCAAUUCGUCUUCAACAACAUUGCAUGCACCUUCCACAGUUAAAUCGGGAGCCAGUAGUGCCCCCACCACACCAAUCAAAACACGUGGAGGCAGUGGCACAAAACCCAAGCCAGAGGAAAUUGCCGAAACCUUUUUGGUAGUCAAUGAACGUCCCGUCGAUGAUAUAUCCUUGGAUUUCUUUUAUAAACCACACACCAUAACGCUGUUGGCCGUGUCGGUGUUGGCUGUCAUGUAUUUCGCAUUUGUGAGGGACGAAGGCAAUUUUGAGGAGAACAUUUGGGCUGGUAUAUUAUGCGUGGUCUUCUUUUUCCUAAUUAUAUCGGUAUUGGCAUUUCCUAAUGGUCCCUUCACCAGGCCACAUCCGGCUGUAUGGCGUAUAUUAUUUGGUUGCUCGGUUUUGUACUUAAUGGCUCUGCAGUUUCUAAUGUUCCAAAAUCACAAAACCAUUAUGAAUAUAUUCUAUUGGCUGGAUCCGAAAUUAAGAAAUUUCCACAUUAAUAUGGAUAAGGAAUACGGUGUCAAUUGCUCGGAUAUUUCAUUUGAACGUGUCAAAGGCCAUUUGGAUGUUUUCGCCUGGGGUCACUUUUUAGGCUGGGCUUUCAAGGCAGUGCUUAUACGUCACAUGGGCAUUUUGUGGGCCAUUUCCAUUAUGUGGGAAAUUACUGAGAUUACGUUUGCCCAUUUGUUGCCCAAUUUCAUUGAGUGCUGGUGGGAUGCCUUGAUUUUGGAUGUUCUGAUCUGUAAUGGUUUGGGCAUUUGGGUGGGUUUGAAAAUCUGUAAAAUUUUGGAAAUGCGCGAAUACAAAUGGGCCAGCAUUAAGGAUAUUUCCUCGACUAGUGGUAAAAUUAAGCGUGCCAUGUUACAAUUUACACCCGAAAGUUGGACAGCUAUUAGAUGGUUGGAUCCCAAAUCGACUGCUAUGCGUUUUGCGGCUGUUAUACAAUUGGUCAUAUUUUGGCAGGUUACUGAACUCAAUACCUUCUUCCUUAAACACAUCUUUGAAAUGCCACCCGAUCAUUAUGUUGUUAUUGGCCGCUUAAUAUUCAUUGGCCUAUUUGUGGCGCCUUCAGUAAGACAAUAUUACACUUAUGUCACGGAUACACGCUGUAAACGCGUUGGUACCCAAUGCUGGGUAUACGGUGCCAUUAUGGUGUCUGAAGCAAUUUUGUGCAUUAAAAAUGGCAAAGAAUUAUUCGAACGCACGCAAGCCAUAAACAUUGUUAUAUGGUUGACAGUACAAGUCUUAAUAUCGAUAGCAUUCGUUUAUGGUUGUAUAUUAUGGCAGCGCAUGAUGGAUAAACGUAAAACUAAUAAGCAAUUACAACAAUCGCCCUCAAAAAAGGUUAAAAGCUUGGAAAAACAACAAUCAAAAGGCAAAAUGUCACCUAAAAAAUCUCCCAAACGCAACGACAAGAAGAUUGAAUAAAUAUUUAUGAAUUUUAUAUUUAAAAUUCAUUUAAAUACAAAAAACUCAACACUCUUUCACUCUCACCUCUUUGUAACAACCGUUUAAAUAUAAUUUUUUCCCUUUCAUUUGCUAUAACCACUCAUUGUCCUUCACACAAUAACAAACAAAAACAACAAAAUUGUUACAAUAUUUUAAAUUAUUUUAGUUUAAUGAAACAAAACUUCCCAGUCUUAUUUAAUAAGUUUAACUUAUUAAAGAAAAUAUACUGUUUUUUUAUGUUUCCUAAUAAAGUAAAACAGAAAACUAUUACUAUAAUACUCUUUAAAGAACAACGCCACCCAGUUUACAUUAAAACUUUUAAAUUUCCUUAAAUUAUUUCCUUAAAAUUUCCUUAAAUAAAAUAUUUAACAAUAUAUUUAUAUAUAAAUGCCUCAAAAUAAAAAUCAUACAUAUACAAAUUAAGCUUAAAGUCAUUUUAAAACCACCAAAUAUAAAAAAAGAAAAAAGUAAUCAUCAAGUCGUUACCAACAUAAAAAAAAUAUUUAUAAAUAAUUUAAUUUUUUGAGUAAAAUUGUUUUCUUAGACAGAAAAAAAAUGUUAAACAUUUUUGUUUUGUAAGUUCUUUUCUUUUCAAUUAAAUAUACAUGUAUGUACAAUUUUUCAACUAGCCUUUUAGCUAUUACAAUUAUUAUUAUUUGUUUUUUAAAUAAUUUAAAUUAUCAAAUUAUGUACUAGACCAUAAUUAUAAAUAUUUCAUAUAUUAUGAAAUAAUUCUUAGGGUCUUUUAUUUUUUAGUUUUUCUUUUGUAAAACAAAACAAAUUACAAAUUUAAUAAAUAAAUAAAAUACAAAUACUUUUGUUAAGAAUAACAAAAAUAUUGUAACAAAAAACAGAAAACAAAA